AGCGUGGAAACGUUGCUUUGACACUUUCCGUACACUGACGUCAGAGGUUAAAAAAAGAUGGCAGCGCCGUAAGGAGAAAACGCAUGCGCAUUUUGUUCGGGAAGCAGUAGGUGGGAAGUGCGCCGGAGGCUGUGUAACCGAGGGUGCUUUGUGGGGAUAUUGCCGGUAAACGGAUAACGUGAUACCAUGGAGGCCCCUCCUGUCACUAUGAUGCCAGUCACUGGUGGUACCAUUAACAUGAUGGAAUAUUUACUCCAAGGGAGUGUUCUGGACCAGAGUCUGGAGAGCCUGCUUCAUCGACUCCGUGGCUUGUGUGACAACAUGGAACCAGAGACCUUUCUGGAUCACGAGAUGGUGUUCCUCCUGAAGGGGCAGCAAGCCAGUCCCUUUGUCCUGCGUACCCGCCGCUCCAUGGACAAACCCGGCACCCCUUGGCAUUUGCGGUAUCUCGGGCAGCCAGAAAUGGGAGACAAAAACCGCCAUGCUUUGGUGCGCAACUGUGUGGACAUCGCCACUUCUGAAAACCUGACAGAUUUCCUGGUGGAGAUGGGAUUCCGCAUGGACCACGAAUUUGUGGCCAAGGGCCACGUGUUUCGUAAGGGCAUUAUGAAAAUUGUGGUGUACAAGAUAUUCCGCAUCCUGAUUCCAGGAAACACCGAUAACAUCGAGCCCUUGUCUCUCUCCUACCUUGUGGAGCUCAGUGUUGUAGCACCAGCAGGACAGGACAUGGUUUCGGAUGACAUGCGGAGUUUUGCUGAGCAGCUGAAGCCUUUAGUCCACUUAGAGAAAAUUGAUCCUAAAAGGCUGAUGUGAACACACUGGCUUCACUGACUGAGGAGCUUCAGAAAGCUUUGACCAGCAGAAAGUUAUCUUGAAUUAGAAAAAUCUGGAUGAUCUGGUUGACUUGUCAUCGGUGGCUUGUUUUCUGGUGGUUCCAAAUAAAAAAGAGGGGAAGUUA